AUCCAGCCAAAUACGCAUGUUUCCGUGCGUCAGCGCAUGUUUUAGUGGGCGAGGGCUCGUAUGGUGAUGAGACCGAGCGAAUGUGUUGUCGUCGCCGCCUCCGAGUUAAUCUCUGAAGAGGAGGUGUGGCUGCCUCCUCUCGGAUCUCAGUGCUGAAUAUUAAGCCUUGCUUUGCCUCUAGCUCUUCAUCGAACAACAGUUUUGACUGUGAAACAUCAUCUUCUGGUUCGAUUUCUGGACAUUAAACAGAUCUGACAUCAAAGAUGAGUUUCAGCAGCGAUAUGGAUGAUACAGAAGACGGGAGCAACAGAGAGUUUGAGAGCGUGGAGAUGAACAAACUGCGUCAGAGCCUGCGCAGGAAGAAGCCCACCUACAUGCCGGAGGCCAGUCGACCCCAUCAGUGGCAGGCCGAUGAAGAAGCCGUACGAAAAGGAAAAUGCAACUUCCCCGUCCGGUAUCUCGGUCUGGUGGAGGUAGAGGAGUCCAGAGGGAUGCAUGUGUGCGAGGAAGCCGUGAAAAAGCUGAAAGUGAGUGGAAAGAAAACAGUCAAAGCUGUGCUGUGGGUGUCUGCCGAUGGCCUGCGAGUAGUGGAUGACAAAACCAAGGACCUCAUUGUUGACCAGACCAUCGAGAAGGUUUCCUUCUGCGCACCCGACCGCAACUACGACAAGGCGUUCUCUUACAUCUGCCGCGACGGGACGACUCGCCGCUGGAUCUGCCACUGCUUCAUGGCCCUGAAGGACUCGGGGGAGCGCCUGAGUCACGCUGUAGGAUGCGCAUUUGCAGCUUGCCUUGAGCGGAAACAGCGGCGGGAGAAGGAGUGCGGUGUCACUGCUUCUUUCGAUGCAAGCCGCACGUCCUUUGUAAGGGAAGGUUCCUUCCGCGUCUCCUCUGCUGGUAAGCAAAGUGACCGGGAAGACAUCAUGAAACAACUACAGGACAAAAAGAAAGAAGCCUGCUAUAGUAGAAACGUACUAGGAAAUUCUUCACCUCCAGAGGGAGCGGCCUCCCCUGUAGAGAGGGCGGAGCCAAGCGGACCUCACGCCAUCCCACGCCGUCACGCCCCCAUCGAACAGCUGGUCCGACAGGGAUCCUUCAGAGGCUUCCCGCAACUCAGCCAGAAAAACUCACCUUUUAAACGACAGCUCUCUCUGCGCCUGAACGAUCUCCCGUCCACCCUACAGCGCAAGACCGACUAUCAGAGCAAGAACCCAGAGAUGGAUCUGUCAGUUGCGAGAGAGCCAGACAGCAUCAAUGCUCUGUGCAGCCAAAUCAACAACUCCUUCACCAACCCUUCUGAAGAUCUGUGUGCAAAAGCCACCAACAACUGUUCACCAGCGUGCAGCGCUCCACCUGCUAUCCCUCCUCCACCCGCACCCCUGCAAGCUACCAGCUCAUGGAUUCAGACAGAGCCUGCUGUCCAGUCUCCUCCUCCUAUAGCUCAGGGCGGUCAUAAACGGACACCAUCUGAGGCCGAACGCUGGCUUGAGGAAGUGGCUAAAGCUGUGAAAGCCCCUCAGCAGACUCCGCCCCCUUUGCCCCCACCACCUACUCAGCAACCUCCACCUGUCCCCACCAUGCCCAUCACACUAGGUUCCCAGCCAACCUCGAUGCAACCCUUCCCAAUGGCAUUCGACGUCACUCCGGCGCCUGUUGGCAUGUUCGCCCAGCAACCCCUUCAGCCGCAGUUUGUACCUAUGCACCAAUACAUGCCAACUCUGGCCAACAGCAUGACGUAUCCCAAUGCUAGCGUGCCUAUAGUGGGCAUCACACCGUCACAGAUGGUGGCUAAUGCAUUCUGCACCGCAGCUGGUACAGGGGGUGGGGCGGCGAUGGGAAUUGGAUUGGGGCCUAAGACAGGCACGCUGUGCGGCACCCAAAACUCUGCUUUCUCUACCCUACCCGGAGCCUUCCCAAACACCACGUUUGCAUCUCCGACGGCCGUUAACGGGCACCUACGCAACUCCUUUCCCUCGACUACCAUGACUGCGACGCACAACGGCAAUGGUAGCGCCGCGAAAGUUGGAAUGAGUUGGCCGAUGGAUCCCCAUCCUACAAGCAGCUCCCAGGAAGCAGAGCAUUUCGAAGCGAAGUGGGCCGCGCUGGAGUCUAAAUCGCAACCUAAGGCACCCAACCCUUUCUCGAAUGACGUGCAAAAGACUUUUGAGAUUGAACUUUGAAAUCUAAAUGCUUAACGAGCUUCGAGAAUAUGAGGCUAAUUCAUACCCAGUUCCCUUUUGUUUGGCUCUCAAGGGGGUUUAUAAGAUCCUGGUCUGUUUUAUGUGAUAUGGAGAAGUGAUACCAGGUUUGGAGAGCUGGAAUGUCACGAAUCAAUCGGUCAGAACAUGUUAGGAGGCACUUAUAGGACAGAGAGAGACCUGCACGUCGUUUCUCAGCAGCAAUGACUUUUCGCCUGGCAAGUGAAUGAAAGGGGUAAAAACUGAAUAGGUCAAAAUAGUUAUUUAUUCUUUCUUUUAUGGUAAUACUUGUUAUCUUGAUUUUAAUUGCCGAAUUAUUCUUGCUUGGUUUGCCCUUAUUUAUUUGACAUUUAACAGGGUGAAAGAUUACAGAUGGAAUAAAUUGGCUACUUGAAAACUAACUCGCCAAAUGAUAGGAGUUACCGUACAUUGAUAGAAUGUAGAGUUUACUUUGUAUGUAGAAAGGAAUGUAAAUAGCAUGCUUUGUUUACUUUAUUUAUUGCCCUUUUUGUGGCUGUUCGUUUUUAUUAAUUCCAAAUGAAAUGUCUGCUCUGCACCAUGAGGACACCUAAAGCACUGACAUUCCAACCCUGACUAUACUGUCGAGACUUAGACAAGACAAGAAAUGGCACUGCGGUGACCCUGACCUCUAGGAUUGAGCAUGGGAUGUACUUUUGGGAGAGAAGACAUUUUCUGAGGAAUAAAGUUCUAUUUUUAUAAUGCUGAGUGAUGAGUUGUGGGAAUUUUGGCAACUUUGUUAUGUUUAAGCGCCUUUGGAUUAGCGGUAGCCAGAAUGAGAUCCAUUAGGAGGCAUCUGGAUACUUUUCAAAAGGACUCAACGUUGGGAGACUUCCUCAUGAUAACCCAAGCGUCAUCUGGAGGAGUGCAAAGGAUCAUGUAUGAAUGUAUGAAGACAAAACCUAAGAUACCACACGAUGAAGGACCUAAUAUUUAAAUUUCAUCACUACCAACAAUGAAAUGCAAUGGAGGUCCUCAAUGUCCAAUAAAGGGAUGCAUUAAAGUGACAGUUCACUCAAAAAUGAAAAUUCUGUCAUUUAAUCCCCCUCUUGUCAUAUCAAACCUGUAUGACAUACUUCCUUAUGCAGAACACAAAAGAAGAUAUUUUUGAGUAUGUUGGUAACCAAAAGUGCCGAUACCCAUUAGCUUGCAUUGGUUUUGACAGAAUAUCAUUUUUGGUGAACUAUCAUUUUAACAUUCAGUUUCUUUAUCCUAUGAAGGACAAAGCCAUUGUACAAACAUUUUGUUUGGGGGUCUUUUGACAUUUGUGGCCCAAGGCAGGGUUGCACCAGCUGUCCGUAGAACGUAAAGUUAACACAAGAGGCUUAGUAACUACUAGCUUGUUUGUAAACAACUUGGUUGCACCAUUUGUUCUUAAGAGCAUACAAUAGCUAGUAGGUCGUAAGCUCGCCAUAAAAUGUAAUACGAUGUGAUAACGUUUAUGUCAAUAUUCCAACAGGAGCUUUUAAAUUUGUGAGAUGUUGUGGUGAAAUGCCAUGAAUUUUAGAUUAUCCUUGAUUCAAACUUCCACCACACACAAUAACGGAAAAGAUAGCCUAAGAUUUUUUUUUUUUCUUCAUAAAUCAUAGCCAUAGACGGUAUUUUAAAUAAGAAUCUAUAAAUACUGAUAGUAAAAACUAAAUAAAAUCAAAACAUAUUUUUAUUAAAUUAAAAAAUAUUAAAGUUAGAUUAGUUUCUUCAUUGUCAUUCUACAAACAUACAACCAGAUUAUUGUGCACUCAAGAUCCAAAAAGAGUAUUUGUACAGUAAAUAAAAACAUAAGAUAAUAAAAGUAUACAAAUAAUUUCCCUUCAGUCUUCUACUCUAUACAUAAAAUUAUAAUUAAUGACAUUUAUUUAUUAUGACUUAUUUUAUUUUGACAUGCACAACAGGCUUUUUUAGGAUGGGUUCGUAUUGAAGAGUUGCCCGUAAAGUAAUUUAACCACAUAUUAUUUGCUUUUUUUAAUUGUAAGCGAGUGAUAAUGUGAGCAUUCCAAUGUGAAUGUAGCAUUUCUUGUAAAACAGAGCAUAUAGAUGUAUUUCAGUCAGUUUGUAGCUCCAGCUUCCGUUAAUAUUUAGUUUAAACGUAGUUAAACUUCUACAAAGUUCAAUGGUGCAACACAUUUUUUUAAUUAUGUGCAAGUUGUAACUUGGUGCUCCUUUACUUCAAAACUACGCUUGUAAGUUGUAACUUACACACAGCUGGUGCAACUGAUCUCAGGCCCCUAUAGUCAUUUAAUUCGGCUUUGUUUGUGUCAGGUUCUGUAAAAUGACAAAGGUUGAGCGAGAACAUUUAUUUUAAAUCUUUCAAAACAUUAAAUAGAUGGAAGACAAGAGUAGUCGUGAGGCGCAGGUGUAUUAGCAAGUAUUAUCAAAAGAUUAAAAGUGUUGGUUGUGACAGGCAGUGAUGAAAACAGACCACGCAGGGAGACGGUUUGGUUCAUGCAUGCUUAAAAUAUCCCAUAUUACAGUAUGUUAAAACAAUGAAUAUGCAUAUUAGUUAUGGCUUUCGUUUCGUAUCGCCACUGUUUUCACUCACUCUGGUCUAAAAUAGAUAAAAAUGCUUUUUACUGCAGACAGAUGUCCUCACACACUCCCAGUAAUAAGAUCUCAUCCAAAUCUGAUUGAAUUCCAUAUUUUCUCCAAAUUUAACGAUGCUCAAUGGUUGUUUAUUUUGUUGUCAAAAACUGACAAUUUAUGAAUGCAUUUUUCUCAAUUGCAAAUGUAGAAAUCUGAUGUGCUGAAUGAUGUUAGUGGUGUGUGUGUGGAGUCAUGCAAGUGUUUAAUGCUAGAUGAUCAAAGCCAGACUGCACACUGUGCUUAUGAUGUGUACUCCAUACACUGGACAAAUGCUCGCUUCCCACAGAGCCUGUGGAAAAGAUGGCAGGCACAAUGUUAUUAACUCCUGGUCCUCAAGACCGUUUUGACUGUCAUGUGUUGUAACUCGACUUGGCAACUUCCCAGUUUUCUUAUCAGCUGUAUUACAGGGUCAAGCAUGUCACAAUGAAUCUAAAAAAAGUCCUUUUUCCAAAGACAAUGCGUUUGUAAUCCGGCCAAGCUGUUUGUUGUGUGGGGUGCAAAUAUUUACAGUUCAGAUGAAUUUGUUACAGUCAAUUGCCCUGGUCUUUUGUCCACUCCCCCCUCAACGAUAUACAUAGGUUUUUCCAAACCAGGGAACUAAAUUACCUCAUAAACUUGAUUGUAAACUUUAGUGUAGUGAUUACAAACCAGUGGAGUUUAUUUUUAAUCUUUAUUUACAGAAUUUUGUAUUUAAACCUACAUAUUUCUAUUGUACAUUGUAUAAAAGAUAAAUAAAUAAUAUAAUAUGAACAAAGUUCUAUGUGUCGCUCGCUUGAUUUAUGUACAUUCAUAUAUACACAUGCAUCCCAUUAAGAUCCAGAUAAAUGUUUUUCAUGAGAUUCGCCCCAAACCAUUUUCUAAUUGGAAUAAUAUAGAACUUAAAAAGCAUCUUAAAGGGAGGGUUCACCCCAAAAAUUUCAAAUUCUUUCAUCAUUU